AUGCCCGCAGCCUACCGCGAGCACCACCCGCAUCCGCACAAGUCUCCCUCGCCGAAGCCGAAGGAGAGACCGUCCUCUCCGCGCAUCAAGCCGUGGCUCCUCCCCCAAACCCUCCUCGAGCAGCUGAUUACUCUCCCGCAGCAGCUCCUCUUCGUCCUCCUCGGCAUGCUCGGCCUGGCGUCCUAUGCGCGCCAGAUCGUGCGUGUCAACGCGGCCAAGCCGGCCGAGAUCGUCCUCAAGAAUAAGAAGAAGGAGGACGUUGCCUCCUGGAUUAACAGGAAUACGCCGAGUUUGAGUGGCACGUUCAAGCCUGCGUGGUGGGCUCCGAAAGAAGCAGGGAGAGAGCUUGCGGAACCCGAACGAGAGCUAACGCCCAGCGGCCACAUGCAGACUGCCUUCACGGUCACUGGCGACUUCACGGACACGGACCACGUCGACUAUGCGCGAACGCUCCUCCGGGUGCCCGACGGCGGCACGAUUGCGCUCGACAUCACGCCUCCCUCGCACGCCAGUCUGCCCGCCGACGCACCGACAAUCGUCGUCUGCCACGGCCUGACGGGCAACGCGCGCGAGGCCUACGUUCGCAACGUGCUGCACUGGGCCGCUUUGCCCGAGUCGCAUGGCGGCCUGGGUGCCCGUGGUGUGGUUGUUAAUUUCCGAGGCUGCGGCGGCACACCCCUGACCAGCGCACAGCUGUAUUCUGCCGCGACGACGUGCGACCUCAACACGGCAGUGCACUACCUGCGCAACCGGUUCCCGGAGUCGUCUCUGCUCGGCGUCGGCUUUUCGCUCGGUGCGUCCGUGAUGGCGCGCUACCUCGGCGAAAGGGGGGAGUCCUCGCUCCUCUCAUCCGGGUGCGUGCUCGCCGCACCCUGGGACGUCGUCGCGCUCUCCCACGCGCUCGAGGACGGGUGGUUCUCGUCCCGCGUGUACUCGAAGGCCCUCGGCGAGAACCUGAUCCGGAUGUUCUUCCGCAACUUCGACGCCCACCCCGAGAUCAAGUGGACCGAGACACAGCGCCAGGCGGCCGUGGAACUGAAGAAGCUGCAGGACAAGGGUCCCGUGCGCCUCAAGACUGUCGACGAGGUACUCACCAUCAAGGUCGGCGGUCCGCAGCCGCCGUUCCCCUUCGCCUCUGCCGACGACUACUACACGUAUGCCGGGUCCCACAAGCUGAUCGAGAACGUCGCUGUGCCCACACUGGGAAUUAACGCCUUCGACGACCCGGUCGUUCACGGCUCCGCGCUCCCAUUCACGCAGGUGCAGAAGGGCUCCCACGUCCAGCUCGCUGUCACUGGUGGCGGCGGCCAUCUGGGCUGGUUCGACGGGCCCUUCUGGUCCAAGACGCGCUGGGUCCGGAUCCCCAUUGCUGAAUUCCUAUCCGCCGGCGCAAGGGACCUCCCGCCCCGCGCCGAGGUCGAGACCGAGGUCAAUGGCCAGCUCGAUGUCGAGGAGGGCGUCAUGGAGUCUGAUGCCGAGUAUGGGCAGGGACAGUGGCAGUGGUGCAAGGGCCCGCUCAUGAUUCCGCAGAUGGGCGCCACGCCUACGCGCAUCGGGUGGAGGGUCGUCGCCGAGGGGAUGGAGGUGCCCGACCUCAAGGCGCCCGUCAUCCAGGGCCUCUAG